AUGCGUCUUCUAGCCUCCACCUACCUGUCUCUCACACUCCUCAUCAUCGCCGCCUCGGCCGCCGUAGUCGAAGAGGGCUCAACCUGCAUCGUCACAACCGCCCAAGUUGUUACCUAUGGGGAUCAAUCCCGCCUCCGGCUCUCCUGCCCCUGCUCCCGCAACUCCCUUGUUCCUCUCCAACCCAGAACUCACCACAUCCGCCGAUUAAUGAACACCACCGACCUGUCAAACGUAACCAUCUACAUCCGCGGCACCUUGAUCAGCCGACAACUUAUUCUACUGGACCUCUCUCUAGACGGUAAAGACAUGACCAUACUCGGCUGCUUCUCCUCCCCCUCCCCAGAUACCCCCCAGACACGUCUCCAGAUCCAGCGGGAAGUGGUAGUGCGCUCUUUGACGGCCAAGGCCAAACCUGGAUCGACCAAAACCAAAAGAUGCGAACUAGCAAGGGGCGACUAA